GAUCAGGAUCGGCUGCUUCUGUCUGAUCCGGUUUCCGUUUCUUCACUCAACUGAUUCCGUCUCUCACAACCAACAUGGCGGCCUCCGCGUCUUCACGUGAGCUGUUCACAGAGGGAGUGAGAGCGGUUCUUCACACCUGGCCCGUUCUACAGAUCGCGGUGGAUAACGGGUUCGGGGGCGUGUACGGGCAGCAGAAAGCUGAUUGGAUGGUGGAUGUUGUUCAGAAGUAUUUCCAUGACAACGCUGACCUGCAGCAGUAUGAGGUCGAGGAUUUCAUUGCUGAACUGAUGGAUCAGGAGUUUGACACAGUGGUGGAUGAUGGGAGUUUACCUCAGGUGUCUGUCAGUCUGCUGCAGGUGUUCAGCCAGUGGCAGCAGGGGGCGCUGCAGCAGCUCCAACACACCAUCAACACUCUGACACAGAAGAAGAGUCAGCGGGCAAAGGUCACGGCUCCGCCCACACAGUCCGAUGAAGAGAGCGACGAUGAAACACAGGUGAUGGACUACGAAUCGUCCAGUCCAUCGGUCAGCAGGACGGAUCCUCCUCAUCCUCCUCAGGAUGAAGACGGAUGGACGGUGGUGAGGAAGAAGAAGUGAAGAGGAGGAUGAACUGUUGAACUCGAGAGACUGAAGCAGCUGACCUUUGACCUUCAGGAUGAAAGUGUGUGACAGAUCUUUGCAGCAGCUUCCACGUCCUCCAGCCUGAAACCGUCCCGGUGGACGCAGUCUGCUGUGACCUGCAGGACCAGAGGACGGUGGCAUUAAACCAGAGUCGCUCUGGUUGUUUUUAUAUUAAACCUGUUUAAGAUUA